CACACCAUGCCCAUCCCUUUGGAAAGAAAAAAAAUCACACAGGCAAGCGACGGCGAGAAAAAGAGCGAGGGAAAAGUCGAGAGGGAAGCGAAAGUCAAAAAGCCAGAUGAAAAAGUUGGAUACAGUGGAGCGAGCCAACCAAACACCAGAAUAUUCCCUUUAAAUCAUGCCGCUGCACAAAUCAACCCGGGCCCCUCGCCUGGACCCCACCAUGAUCUCAGCUCCACUGGGUGACUUUCGCCACACGAUGCACAUUGGGAGAGGAGGUGAUGCAUUUGGGGACACCUCCUUCCUGUCCACUCUUGGCCCGACCCAGGCUAACCCAGACACGGGGAGCACACCAGCUGAUGACCCUCACGUGGAGGUCAGUGAUCUUCACACAGAUGCUCCAGGAAGCCCGCAGAACAAUGAGCUCCAGCACUCCGAGUCAGUGUCUUCAUUCGACCUGGACCUCGAUCUAGGGCCGUCUAUGCUGGGGGACGUACUCGGGGUUAUGGACGGUUUGGGGCUUGAUGAGGAAGUGUUCAAUGCCAAAAGUGGCACAUCUGCGGUGGAGACAAAGCAGGGAAAAGCGGAGAUGUCUGUGAACAUGCAGAAUGAGCUUAAUGGGAAGAACUCGGACCUUGGAAACCAGGUGGGAGAUGGCAGGAUACAAGACGGGAUCAAGCCAAAGGGGCUACGACCAAAAGUGCGGUUCAGUGACAAACGAGAGGAGAUAAUUCGCCAGGCGUCCGAAGAGGAAGAGGGUCAAGGGUUUGACUUCCAGGAUGAGGAUCAGCUGGCGUGUCACAGUCCAACGAGCACAGUCAGUGGAGGUGAAACCGAGUUCACCAAUCACAAAGUAGAUUUGCCACCCAGUCCGGCUUCGUCACAUAGCUCGGAGUAUGAAGGAGUCACCCCGUUGGACAGGAGGAGGGUCGACAGCUGCCACUCAGAGACUGAUUCAGAGGAGGAGGAGGAGGAGGAGGAGGAAGUAGGACGGGGCUACACAUUUGAAGAUGAGUUUGAUGAUGAAAUUGGUCUAUAGGGAUCCCUUUGAGAACACAUCCUUGCUGUUAUUAAAAUCGAGUAUACUGUAUUUUCCAAAACUCAUCAUUUCAGUAUCAUUUGAACGAGACGCUUUAACAGAAUGCAAACUGGAUUUUUCUUAAAGAUUUACAGUUCGACGACGUUGCUCAACUGGAAAAGACAUUUCAUGUUUUAUCUGUGAGGGUAACAGAUUUGCAAUAGAAUGUUAUUUUGAUCCGAAAAAUCAAAGUGUCAUUGAGGUUAUUACAGUGAAAGGUUUGUAGCACUUUGAUUUAUUUCACUCACCUGGAAGCUUUGCCAUGAAACAGACUAAGUUAAUGAUGCUUGUUAAUUUUUUUUACAAUGUCUUACAUUUGCCAUCUGAAGCAACAGGUGUUGUGUUCAUUGAGCUUUAUGUUAUAGUGCCUUAAAGAGAGCUGUAUUCUUGCAUUAUUAUGUGCUAUAUCAGUGUCUUAAUAAUUAUUUCUCAUAUUGCAUGUUUAUUACGAUCUCCAUGUCUUCUCUUGAUGUUUUGAUGCAUUUGAUGAGCUUUACAAAUGGUCCCCUGAGACGGCGUCAGAACAGAAAGUUAUCCUGUGUAUAAAUAGUUACUGUGAAUUUGUCACAUUCCAAAUCUGUGAGUUUCUCGGGUUCAGAUCAGUCUCACACAUCUGUUUUCUGAGCGCAGUUAUUGAGCAUGUUUGAAGUUACCAAAGCUUUUUUUUUUGCUGGGAGGCUGGACUAAUACUGCAGUGCUAAGACAAUCAUGGGAUUUUAAGGUCAAUUGUAGAUCAGGACCAGUGGUGCAUUUUUGUACAUGUGGUUUUGCCUGAAUAAUACUUAUGUUUUGAGAGAAAAAAAAGAGUACUUUGUUUCAUAAUGCUGUAAAAGGGAGAGACCAUGUGUUCAUCUGUUGAAAAAUGCUGGUUUAAACAACUUUGUUAUCCUGUGGUUUAAUAAUGAUUACAGUGAAAACAAUAAAACAAUUAUUGGGAUAUUGGAA